GGCGAUAUUUUCUCAAAAAGUUGGGGUUGGAGGGCCAGCUUGGGGCAAAAAUCUAAAAUCGGAAUAGGAAUCGAGCCGGAAUCGGAGAAUAAAACCCCCUAUCCGAACUCGACCCAGUAUAUAUAUUAUUAUUAUUUUCUUUUAUAGUUUUAUGUAUCCCCGAUUACAUCAUUUUCUUUCUUCUUACAAGCCCUAUCAAGCAGCCCUCAACUCUAGCCGGCAUCACCUUAGUAGGACAUCCCUCCCUCAUAAACAGCUGCUACCGCACCAAGCUUCACCAACAAGCUACCACCUGCCGCCACCAAGCUUCACCGCCACCAAGGAAGGUCCUAGCCGACUAUCACCUUCACAAAUAGCCCUCACAAACUGCCAGCCUCUCAACAAACGAAACGACGCCGUAGAAAAGCCCGCUCAAGCCCUAAAAGAAACUUUAGAGGCCGCGCUCAAAACUCAAAGCAGAAGGAAUUUCUCCGAGCAAAAUAUCGAUGGAGGCCGCACAAAAUGACGACAACGCCGUCGAAGAAUCUCAAAAUUCGGGCAUAGCUGCUCCAUCAGCUCCCGAGCAACAUCUAUCUAAGAACGCGAAGAAGAAGCUGCUGAAGCAGCAAAAGUACGAAGCCAAGAAAGCCGAGAAGAAAGCGCAGGCGAAGGAGCACAAGAAGAAGGAAGCGGAGCGCAAGAGGAAGGAAUGGGAGGAGACGCUGGCGAGCGUGACGGAGGAGGAGCGGUCGAAGCUGAUCGAGUCAAGGAGGAGCCUGAGGAAGGAGAGGAUGGAGAAGAGGUCGGACGAGAGGGAGAAGAAGAUCGAGAGGCUCGCCAGGGCCAAGCAGUCGGGCCAGAACAUCGUCAUCGACCUCGAAUUCUCUCACCUUAUGUCCCCACACGAGAUCAACAGCCUCGUUCAGCAGAUAAUGUACUGUUAUGCUGUGAAUGGAAGAUGUAGCAAUCCGGGUCAUCUAUGGCUGACUGGAUGUGUAGGAGAGAUGGGUAACCAGUUGCAAAGGCUACCGGGAUUCGAUAAGUGGAUAAUUGAGAAGGAAAGUAGAUCCUAUAUCGAGGCUUUGCAAGACCAAAAGGAAAAUCUGGUAUAUCUCACAGCAGAUUCAGAAACUGUGCUUGAUCAACUCGAUCCGAAGAAAAUGUAUAUAGUUGGCGGAUUGGUGGAUCGGAACAGGUGGAAAGGGAUAACCAUGAAGAAAGCAGAAGAGCAGGGUAUCCAAACAGCAAAGCUCCCAAUAGGAAAUUACUUGAAGAUGUCGAGUUCUCAGGUCCUGACAGUGAAUCAAGUGAUAGAGAUACUACUCAAAUUUGUGGAAACUAAUGAUUGGAAGGCUUCUUUCUUUCAAGUGAUUCCUCAAAGGAAGAGAUGUGAAGCUGAUUCAGGGGAAUUCCAAGGAGAAGUAGAAGGGCAAGAAAUCCAAGGCAAAGAUGAUCAAUCUGACAAAAAAAGGCAAUGUACUAUUUAAAGGCAACCUCAGAGUUAAUAGUACAUUUGUGUUCCUUUGAUGGACUCAGAUAAAUUUUGACAUUGACAGUGGCUGACUGAUCCUUGAGUUGACUGCUUCUCUCCCAAAUUAAAAAAUCAAUACCUCAUCGUAGUUGAUCUUUUUCGUUUUCGGAAUGAGCCUGUCUAAUCUUAAAAUAGUCUUGGAAUGCGGUCUGUACUUAACACAGAAGAAAAUCAAAUUAUAAUCUUAUAGCAAUUGGUUUGCGGUGAAAACUUGCUGGGAAUGAUUUUGUUCAUGGUAUGGCGCUUAAGCUGAAAAACUAGUUAGAGACUGCAUCAAUGGAAUAAUGCCAUUCCGCUAGACUCAGUGAGAAUUGGCUUCGAGAGGGCCGACUCAUCUAUGUAUUUGAUUGUUUUAUGUGGUAUAAAAUUCUGCACUCUUUGUUUUAAA